AUUGUCUUUUCCUUUGUUGCAGAAACUUCAAAAAGAACAAGCUAGAUUUAAUUGGAAAUGUUAAGAAUAGUAAAAAAAGGAAUAGUUAGAUUUGAUCAAGGACAAGAUGAAGAAACCUUCCUGGAAAAUUUAGCAGUGCAACGAAAUGCCUCUGCUUUUUUUGAAAAAUAUGAACGAAGUGAAGUGCAAGAAUUAUUAACAACAGCACUAGUCAGCUGGCUGGCUGCCAAGGAUGAUGUUCGUUCUCAACUAGACAUCCCGUGUGGACUCAUGAGUCAAAUAAAUAAUGUAGGCUUCUCCACUGCCGUCCUAUUGACUCCUGUGGACCCUACUACCCAGUUAGACUACAGGGAAGUCCAUCAGAUCUUAAGGGAGUUGGCCAUUGGAAUUUAUUGCUUAAAUCAAAUUCCUUCAAUCAGUUUAGAAGCCAAUUUUGAUCAGAGUUCUUCUUGUCAAUUACCUCCAGCUUAUUAUGAUACCAGAGUUGGACAAAUUUUGAUCCAUAUUGACUAUAUGCUAAAAGCACUGUGGCAUGGAAUAUACAUGCCCAGAGAGAAACGAGCCAGGUUCUCUGAAUUGUGGCGCACAAUCAUGGACAUUGAUCAAGAUGGGAAGCCUCAAACAACUAAAAACAUAUAUUCUGAGUUUAGUUCAGCAGGUUUGGUUGAUAUUACAACUGACCCAGACUUUGAGGGGAUCUAUGAUGAAGACAUGAAUGAAGAUCCAACAUAUGAACCCAAUAGCCCUGAAGAAAAGGCUAUGUUCAUGAAAUAUGCUGAGGGUAUGAUGAUGAAGCUGACAUUCAGUACCACACAUAUUCAGCAGCAUGAAAACAUCUUCAUAUUUGAGACAGCCUAUUGGCUUACUAAUGCUAUAAAGUACAACCAGGAUUACCUUGACAUUUGUACUUACCAGAGGCUACAACAAAGACUCUCUCUUCAAAAAAAAGUUAUUCAAAAGCACUUCGAGAAAAAAAAAGAAAUCAGAAGAGGGAUAGGCUAUCUAAAGUUAAUAUGUUUUCUAAUUCCAUUUUUACUCAGUUUAAAAAAGAAGAUGAAAGUUCCAUAUUUAAGUAGUCUACUUCCACCUUUUUCAGACGACAAGGUCAAGACGGAGAGAGAACUGCCUCCAUUUAUCUAUGGACGGAACUUUAAGUGCCAGAACUUCGAUUACAAAGAACAUCAGUUCUUCCAUGUGCACGGAGGGAUUGAAUUUGACAUCAGCACGAGUCCAGUUGAGAAUGCUCUGGACGAGUUUAAGAACAAUGCCGAAAAAAUAUGGGCAUGUGCUGCUAAUACCUUUACAGAAGAUUCAGGAUACAAAGAAUUUUACUCAGUACCAGUCAUGGAGUUUUAUGGAAAGAGCUACUAUGUGAUCUAUUUUGAACUUGAAAUUUUCUACCAGCAACUCUAUAAGACUCAAUGGUGGGGAGCCAUAAACGAAAUUGUGAAUAAUCUGAGAUUGAAAAGGCUUCCACUGACUGAAGCUCAACUACACGAGCAAUUUAAGAAAAAAUUUGGUUUAAAAAAAGCUAUGAAAUGCAAGAGUAUCCCAUUUGGUCUGAAGUCUGCUGUUGAAAGAGGCUUGUCUGCUGUUUUCCACACAUUUAGCCGUAAAACCUCAAGCUCCACAAUCAAUGUUUCUGAUGAAGCAGGCUACGCCAUUUUCCACCAUGCUGCCCUGCACAACCGGGUCCCUAUCAUAUGUCAGCUGUGUAACGCCAACUUCAACGUCAACCAGAGACGCUUCAUCAUGUUCACCCAAGAGUCAUCCAAAGUGGAUAUGAAAAAAGAAAGAAACGGUCCAACACCUCUACACCUGGCUGCACAAGGUUGUUCACUGGAAGCAACCAUCUGUCUACUUUGUUUCAAAGCUGAUUUCACACUUACUGAGAAAAGAGGCUGGAUGCCAAUACACUUCGCCGCCUUCUAUGAUAACAUCUGCAUCAUCAUCGCACUCUGUAGGAAGGAUCCGAGUUUGCUAGAGGCUGAGGCAACAGCUGAGAAUCAGUGUACUCCACUGUUACUUGCUGCCACUUCGGGAGCCCUAGACACGAUCCAAUACCUGUUUUCUCUUGGUGCAAACUGGAGAAAAACAGACACAAAGGGGAACAACAUCAUCCAUCUGUCAGUGCUUACUUUUCAUACAGAGGUACUCAAGUACAUAAUAGAGCUGCAUAUCCCUGAGCUUCCGGUUUGGAAAACUCUGGUGGAAAUGUUGCAGUGUGAAAGCUUCAAACGAAGGAUGAUGGCUGUCAUGUCCUUAGAAGUAAUUUGCUUAGCAAAUGAUGAAUACUGGAAAAAUAUUUUGGACGCAGGCACCAUUCCUGCCUUAGUCAAUCUAUUAAAAUGUCCCAAAAUAAAGCUGCAGUGUAAAAUUGUUGGGUUGCUGAGCAAUAUCUCAAUUCACGUAAGUGUAGUGCAUGCUCUGGUGGAGGCAGGAGGCAUUCCUGCUUUGAUCAGCCUGCUGGCUUCUGAUGAACCGGAACUCCAUUCUCGCUGCGCUGUUAUUCUAUAUGAUAUUGCUAAGUGUGAAAACAAGGAUGUUAUUGCCAAAUAUAAUGGAAUUCCAGCUCUGAUAAAUCUCUUAAGCCUUAACAAAGAAAAUGUGCUGGUGAAUGUAAUGAACUGUAUCCGGGUGCUUUGUAUGGGAAAUGAAGGCAAUCAAAAAGCAAUGAGAGACUAUAACGGCAUCCAUUACCUUAUCCAUUUUCUGAGUUCUGAUUCUGAUGUGCUGAAGGCAGUGUCCUCAGCUACAAUCGCUGAGGUUGGCCGGGACAAUAAGCAGGUGCAGGAUGCUAUAGCAAUGGAAGGGGCUAUCCCUCCCCUGGUAGAUCUUUUUAAAGGGAAGCAGCUCAGUGUCCAAGUAAAAGGUGCCAUGGCUGUGGAGUCACUGGCAAAUCGCAAUCCUUCAAUCCAGAAGGCAUUUCUGGAAAGAAAAUUAACUAAGGACCUCCUAAAACUUCUAAAGGCCUUUCAAAUAGAUGUUAAGGAGCAAGGAGCCAUAGCACUUUGGGCCUUGGCAGGACAAACACUGAAACAACAGAAGUAUAUGGCAGAGCAGAUUGGAUACAACUUCAUAAUAAACAUGCUUUUGUCGCCAUCAGCUAAGAUGCAGUAUGUAGGAGGUGAAGCAGUCAUAGCUCUAAGUAAGGACAGUAGGAAGCACCAGUAUCAAAUAUGUGAAGGGAACGGCAUUGCACCACUGAUUCGCCUGCUGAGGAUUAGUAAGAUAGCAGAAGGCACACUCCUGAGCGUCAUCAGAGCAGUGGGCUCCAUUUGUAUCGGUGUGGCCCACACGAGCAAUCCCAUGAGUCAACAAUGUGUUGUAGAGGAGAAUGCCUUUCCAGUGCUUAUUCAGCUACUAAGAAGUCACCCUUCAAUUAACAUUAAGGUUGAAGUGGCCUUUUCGUUGGCAUGCAUUGUCCUAGGGAAUGAUUCGCUACAGAAAGAAUUACAAGAAAAUGAGGGAUUUGAAUAUUCUGAUGUCCUUUAUCUUCUUCACUCAAAAGAUAAGGAAAUCUGCUUGAGAGCAGGUUAUGCACUCACCCUUUUUGCCUUCAAUAAUCGUUUUCAACAGUACUUAAUAUUGGAAACUGGAAUGAUAACCUUAUCUAUUUUUGAGCCUUUUCUUCAAUCCAGAGUUGAAACAGAGAGGGCAAUGGCAGCAUUUCAGAUUAUCGUAUUAGCUAAAGUCAUUAUAGACAUGGAUCAUAUUACUUUGUCUGCAAGAGGUGUUACUAUUUUAGCUGACAGCCUGUAUUCAGCCCACACUCCUACUCUUGCCCUGACAGGUAAUCUAAUAGCUAGCCUGGCUCAUACGAGAUCGGGGAUCCCAGAUGCUUUUUUCACACUGGGGACCGUCCAGCGGCUCUUCUACCAUCUGUACUCAGAGAGAGAAGAGGUUCGAGCAGCAUGUUCCUGUGCCCUUGGCUACCUCAGUUACAAUGCACGGGCUUUCCGCAUCCUGCUAACGGAGUGCAGGAAUAAGCCUAACCAAUUUCUGCGCAUAAAACAUAACAUCAGUAGGGAUGCCAGGAUCAACCCUGCCUUCCUAAAGGAGUUUCAAAUGCAGCAGGCCGUGGGACUUCCAUCUUUAAGCCUGGAGAAGAAUGGAGGACCAUCUGUAAUUCCUAUCUUUAAAAAAGGGAAAGAGCACCGAAGAAAAGCAAGACCUAAAAUCCAGCCAAGAGAUUCUCUGACUUUAAUACCACCUGCAACUAACUUCAUGGGGCUCUUCAGAACAACACACAAGACCCAUGUUUCCCACAACAUUUUUUCAUUUUCAUCUGGAAUUUCAUCAGAUAUCAUAAAUGUAUCAAGACCAAGAAUAGUGUUUUUGAAAAACCUUGGGAAAGGUGAACAGAAUGCCAACCCAGAGCCUGCAGAAAGCUAA